CGACUAUAGAUCCGAUACUAGAGAUGGCAGAAACCGCCCCAGCUGCAGCCGCCCCGCCGGCCAAAGCGCCCAAGAAGAAGUCCGCCGCUAAAGCCAAGAAAGCAGGUCCAGCUGUCGGUGAUCUGAUCGUUAAAGCCGUGUCCGCAUCCAAGGAGAGGAGCGGCGUGUCUCUCGCUGCUCUGAAGAAAGCUCUCGCUGCCGGCGGCUACGACGUGGAGAAGAAAAACUCCCGCAUCAAGCUCGCCAUCAAGAGCCUGGUGACUAAAGGCAUCCUGCUGCAGGUCAAAGGAACCGGCGCCUCGGGAUCCUUCAAGAUCAGCAAGAAGGAGACCGAGACCAAGAAGAAGCCGGCGAAGAAAGCGGCUCCUAAAGCCAAGAAGCCCGCGGCCAAGAAACCCGCUGCUGCCAAGAAGCCCAAGAGCGCAGCGGCAAAGAAGCCCGCCGCUAAGAAAUCACCCAAGAAGGCCAAGAAACCCACUGCCGCCGCUAAGAAGGCCACCAAGAGCCCCAAGAAGGCGACGAAGCCCGCGGCGCCCAAGAAAGCAGCCAAGAGCCCCAAAAAGACCAAGACCGCCAAACCCAAGACAGCGAAGCCUAAAGCUGCCAAGCCUAAAAAGGCAGCUCCCAAGAAGAAGUAAAAACCUGUUGUUUUAUUCCCCAACGGCUCUUUUCAGAGCCACCCACAAACUAAAGAAAGAGCAGUUUACUUUGUGGAAUUAAUGUUAGGUUAAGAAACUUUAACUAAUUUGUGCCCCCAUUUUACUUGAAAAACAACACAAUAAAUAAACAGCGAUGAACACUGAAGUAUUUCAUAGAUAUUACACACAGCACAGAGAUAAAAGAGCUUCUGAAUCAUUCUGUAGAACACAGUCAUCACUAAUCUCCCACUAAAUCAACACCGAACUACUACAAAUACCAUCUACU